CACUUGAACCUAGGAGGAAGAGGUUGCAGUGAGCCAAGAUUGUGCCACACUGCAGCCUGGGUGACAAAGCAAGACUCCGUCUCAAAAAAACAACAAAAAAAACAUAUAAUGCAGAAACACAUAUUCACUAAAAACAUUCCAAACACUAAUAAUGAUAAUAAAAACAAGUAAAAAUUUUAAUGAUAAUUUUUUCAGAUUUAAAUAAAGGCAGACAGGAUCCAUAUUUGUGGAUGAGAAGGCUUGAUAAUAUAAAGAUAUCAAUUUUUUUUCUAAAUUAAUCUAUAGAUUUAACACAAUUCCAACCAAAAACAUGCUAUUUUAGAAUUCAACAGAGAAUUUUAAGGGUACUCUGGAAAAUAAAUACAUAAAAAUAGCUUUAUAUUAAAGAGAAUAAUAAGAGGGAUAUAGUUCUGUUAUGUGUUAAAUUUAUUAUAAAACUAAAGUUUUUACUUUGGUUUAAUAUUGACAAAAAAUAACCAGAAAGAAAUAGAAACAAUAGAAUCCCAGAAAUGGAAUUUUAUAUAUGUGUAUAUAAAUUCACUGUGUGACAAAUGACACAUAAUAAUCAUUUGGUGAGAGCUGUAGAAGCCAUUGUCUAAUUAUUUGAAAUCCAUUUAUUCACAUAUUUCUCAUCAACAGCAAAAGUAAUUCCAUGUAAAUAAGUUGUAUCACAAAAAAACAACUAUUAAAAAUUAAAAAUAUAGGAAAGAAAAUAUUGGUCAAAAUUUGAGUAAAGAAUAAUAUUCUGUAAUUGUUUCUUGUUUGGAUUGUGGAAUGCUUUGAGAACUUGAUAAAAGAUAAACAGAUCCUCUCCCCAGAAAAGUAUGAAUAUAGACAAAAUGUUUCCCUACAAAUUUAGGAAGUUUGCAAACUUCCAUGAGACCAUCAAUAAAUUCUUGGUUAAAUAGUUCUAUUUUAAGCAUAAAAGAUAAACUAUUCAUAAAGGGAAAAUAGUACAAAUAAUAUUUUAAAGGUAAAACAUACAUAUAUACAAGCAUAUGCAUAUAUAUGUAUAUAUUUACAGCACAUAAAACCAAACAAAAAUUGGGGGAAAUGUUAUAAAAUGAUUUGAUAACAUUCAGUAGUCAUUGAAAACAUGUUUAUAAAAAUUUAAAAUGUCUAUAAGGAGUUUCCCAGUGAAUUGGAAAGUUUUUAUGCAUAAUGGUAAGAAAAAGCACAGUUUGAAAGAUCCUAUUUUCAUGAAACAGGAACUGUAUAAGAAGACUACAAAGAAAAAUGAUAAAAAUAAAUAAAUAUUUUGAAAUGUUAAAUCUUUGCUGGGAUUUUUACUUAUAGCUAUUUUUCUGCAUUUUUUUGUUUUCUAAAAGUGUUAUUGUUUUAUUUUUCUCAUUUUUUAUCAAUUUCAGGGAUAAUACAUGCUUAUUAUAAUGAAUAAGUGGCAUAGUCUUUCAUUUUUCUCAGAGAUAGGGAGGGAACCUUUAUCUUACAAUUAAUAUGAUGAAAUGAAGCAAAGGCAGAGAUUUAGGAAAGGUAAUGUUGAUAGAUAUAUACUUGACAAGGUAAGAUAUUAUUCACGGCUAAAGGCAAUAAAAAGAAUUAUCAGAUAUUCAAGGGCUCCAGGCAUUUUUUUCCAAAUACAAUUUUUGAUACAAUUACUUGAAAAUAUUUUCAACAAUUCAAGAAUAAACAAAAUAAGAAUGAAGAGAACCAAGUAUUAAAGGGCCAAGCAUGAGCCAUAAAAUUACUUAAUAUUAAAAAGUCAAAAUGUGCACAAUAAAUGCUUGCUAUGUUUCCAGAUUAUUUCACAGAAAAAUAUGGAAGUGGUUGGAAGUUCAUUGGUAAUUUUCCCUCUUUACACCUUUUAUUAAUAAAAUUAUUUGAAAAUAUAAUUUUAUCUUUAACAUUACCUUCAUAAUCAGAAGAGGAAACAAAUGAUAUUCCUAAAGGGUACUGACCUAUGGGAUACAAUUUGAUGGAGGGAGUGCUGGAAUUAAAUGCAAAAGAUUAAAUUUUUUUCUGUAGAUUAGUUACUAGUGCUUUCAACAUAUGAUUCUUAUCUAGACAACUUAUUCAAACUAUUUCCUCAUAUGUGAAUAACGAUAUCUAUAUGGUGAAGAUUAAAUGCGAUGGUUUGUUUCAGAAAAUAUUGUCAACCCCAGGCACUGUUAAAAAGAAAGGCAUGGUCAGGAUUUCCAUUAUGGCUAUUUAUUCUCUUCCUAAGGGUUCCCAAGAAUGGAGACAACACCUCUGCUCUCUAACUUUACCUGCUGAAAAUCAAGUUCUUGAUAAUGUACAUGUCUCAUACUUUCUAUGUUCCCCCACCUCCCAGAAUUUCAGGAAAAUAAAGCUAGAAAAAUUUCACUUUUAUUCUACUAAAUAUUCUACUAACAUUUUUAAUCUUAGCAUCUAUUUUGGCCCAUCUGUUCUUAUCUGAACUGUUUCCAAGGGUUUCAAGAGUAUAGAGAAUGCAUUAUUUUAAAAAUGACUGAGUUAUUGUGGGUGAGCCUUAUUUCUCUACAGAAAUUUUGACCCUCAGCUGAGCUAACCACAGUCUUAUUCUGUUUCCCCUUAAUCCACAGGCAGAUGCUGAGAACAAAACAUCUCAUGAUAUGGAUAUUGGCCUGAGUAUAACCAAUAGCUCAGGGUUUCAAGUGUCUGAGUUCAUCCUGAUGGGGUUCCCAGGCAUUCAUGAGUGGCAGCACUGGCUCUCCCUGCCCCUGGCUCUGCUCGACCUCUUGGCUCUUGGUGCCAGUCUCUUCAUCAUAAUCACCAUUCAACAUAAGCCCAUGCUACAUGAACCCAUGUACCAUUUGCUGGGCAUAUUGGCAGUGGUGGACAUUGGCCUGGCCACUACCAUCAUGCCCAAGAUCCUGGCCAUCUUCUGGUUUGAUGCCAAGCCCAUCAGCCUCCCUGAGUGUUUUGCUCAGAUCUAUGCCAUCCACUGUUUCAUGUGCAUGGAGUCAGGCAUCUUCCUCUGUAUGGCAGUGGAUAGGUAUAUGGCCAUUUGUUAUCCCCUUCAGUACCCUUCCAUAGUCACUGAAGCUUUUGUCAUCAAAGCCACUCUGUCAAUGGUGCUCAGGAAUGGCUUGUUGACCAUUCCAGUGCCAGUAUUGGCUGCCCAGCAACACUACUGCUCCAGGAAUGAGAUUGAUCACUGCCUGUGCUCUAACUUGGGGGUCACAAGUCUUGCCUGUGAUGACAUCACUAUCAACAGGCUUUACCAGCUGGCCUUGGUCUGGGUUGUGGUUGGGAGUGACAUGGGUCUGGUCUUUGCUUCCUAUUCUUUGAUUAUUUGCUCAGUGUUGAGGCUGAACUCUGCUAAAGCAACAUCUAAGGCCCUGAAUACCUGCAGCUCCCACCUUAUCCUCAUUCUCUUUUUCUACACAGCUAUUAUUGUAGUAUCUGUCACUCACCCGGCAGGAAGAAGGGCUCCCUUCAUCCCUGUUCUCCUCAAUGUGCUGCAUAUUGUCAUCCCCCCAGCCAUUAACCCCAUGGUAUAUGCUCUUAGGACCCAGGAGCUGAGAGUGGGCUUCCAGAAGCUGUUUGGUUUGGGUGAGCACGUGUCCAGGAAAUGAGAUAACUUUAAAUAGCAAAAUAUUAUAUGCAAUACUGAAGAAAGAGCACAGUCUUUGGAGUCCAACAGACCUUGGCAAAAAUUUCAUCUCUCCCAAUUGCUGGAACAUUGAUUCAACUUAAUUCAUCUAUAUUGUAUAGAACAUAGUAUGUGCAAGCCAUUGCUGUAAGCAUUUCACAUAUAUUAGCUUUUUUAAUCCUGUAACAACUGUAUGAAGCAAGCACAAUUGUUAUUUACACACUUUGCUGAUAGGGAAACGGAGUUGGGAAACUUGCCCACAGUCACAGAGGAAGGAAGUUGCAGAGUGAGCUUUGAAUUGAAGCAAUCAGCCUUCGGUAUCCCGUCUCUUAACUCUUUCUAUUUAAACUCGCUACUAAUUUUUAAAAUACAAAUUAAGAUAAACAAGGUAAAAUUACAUAUUACUUCUUUUUAAUAAAAGAAAAUUCAUUUUAAAGUUGGCCACAAUUUUUCUCUCUAGGGGUGAGGAGAGUAGACUUUAAAUCCUCUAGAAAGAGUCAUUCUAGUGGACCUGCUUAUAUGGAUGUAAUAAAGAAUUUGACUGAAAUUAUUUCGUCACUUCACAAACUCUGUACCAACUCUUGAGUUAACUUGCAUUAGAGCUCUAAAAGAAAUAUCCCAACCACUUUUUUAAAUCCUCAACACUACUUGAACUUCUCUAAAGAAUUAAGAAAAUCUCAGUGAAGUCUUGUAGUUUAAUGACAGUAUAAAGGACACCAACGGUCUCCAAAGGGAAAUUUUCCUUAUAAGAAAAAUGAUAUAUGUUUAGAGACAGAGAGAAAAGAAAGUUAGUAAAAUUGUUUUUUCUUUAUUUAAAUGCUAAAGUAUACAACUCAGCAAGGGUAGACUAUUGGCUGCAAGAUGACAUGCGGAUGAGGUUGGAAGUCUCUCCUGACCCAAUCACACGGCGUUAUGGCAAACUUUUGAAAGAGAAGCCUAACUUGUGCCAGUAAAUCCAAAAGUCCAUGUGUGAGAACCUUAAGCCAUUACAAUUCAAGCACUUAAAUCAUCUUCCGUUUGAUAGAGUCAGAUAGCGAUAGCAACAUUAUGAUAUCUUUGGACAAGGCAGAAUUGGACCCUGUGCUUUCACCUGUUUCUAACAGUGACUCCACAUAUCAAGAAAAAAAGCACUGUUGACUGAAAAGCAGUGGCACACUAAUGGAUGGAUAAAAUUUCCUCCUCUUUCCAUAUAUGUGCAAGAGGAGUAAGCCCUGAGAUCUUUUUAGAUUCAGAUUUCAGAAAGAAAAAAAGUAAAUCCCAUGAAAGGAUUCUUCUAAUCUUGAAGAUUUCCACUUCUAGAAAUGCCUUGACAACUGAAAUGAGUGACUGAGACAGAAGUUUCAAUCACUGAGGUUUAUUAACCCAGCUUUAGGGGACAUCCAGGAAAACAUGAGCAACAGACAAACCUGUGGCUGUUUUUCCAAGGAGAUUUUUCAGGAGGUUUAGUAUUUAUGCGUUUCCUUAAAGAGCAUAGAUGGUGUCUAGGAAGCAGGACAGGUAGGUGAUAAGGCAAAUGGUUACAUUCCUAUGAGACUUUAGUUAGUGCCUAGUAAAUCAACAUUUUACAUAAGAUAAGGUGAGUGUUUGAAAAGAAAACGGGUGUAAAGGAAGGGUCAGUUAUGUAGAUGUCUCUGGGUAGGUAGAGGAAUUAUUGGUCUAUUUUUGCUCUGCACCAGGAAAGAUAAGCUUGAAUAGACAUUCUCAAUGUGAAAUCAAACAGACUUAUUAGUUCCAGGACCUACACUUAAGAUUGCAGAUUUAAAGUUACAAUUGGCAUGUCCUUAUUUAUAAAAGUCCA